GACGCUGCGGAGCUGACGCUGACGGCGCAUUAAUGAGAUACUGGCUGGUCAGAGUUACAGAGAUGCAGUUUUAGUUAUAUCCCUUCUCUGUUCUCCAGGAUCAAUCAGCGGACUAAAAAGCUUAGAAACGUGGACAGUUUUGCAAAACGAACUUUAGUGGAUAUUUUUUUUUCUUUUUUAAAGAAUGGGGUUGGAACCAUUUCGCACAACAGCGCCGGGGACUGUAGCCUUUUUCACCCGCUCAUUCCUUUGUAUGAUCGGGCUCAUAAUCAUUUUUUCUCAGCCUGUUUGCGAGGCGUUCAAUCUGGACGUGGAGAACCCAGCUGUUUACAGCGGACCUAAAGGGAGCUACUUCGGAUAUGCAGUUGACUUUUACUUGUCUGAAUCUGCCAGAGCGAGUGUGGUGAUUGGAGCCCCCAAGGCCAGCACAAGACAGGUCAACGUUAUGGAGGGAGGCUCUGUGUUCUACUGUCCAUGGAGCCUCAGCCAAACAGACUGUCACACCAUUGAAUUUGAUACAGAAGGGGAUCGCACUGUCAUGAUCAAUGACACAGAACACCAGAUUGAUUUCAAGUCCCACCAAUGGUUUGGCGCCACAGUGCGUUCCCACGGUGACACAAUUCUGGCCUGCGCUCCACUGUACUCCUGGCGGACUGAGAAGGAUAUCCCUCACUCUGAUGCUACAGGGACCUGUUACCUCUCAGUCCAGAAUUUCACUAAAUUUGUGGAGUAUGCUCCCUGUCGGACAGAGAUAAGUGAUAGAGAGGGACAAGGUUAUUGUCAGGGAGGAUUCAGUGCUGACUUCACUGUGGAUGGUAAAGUGGUAUUGGGUGGGCCAGGAAGUUACUUUUGGCAAGGUCAAGUGAUCUCUGCAGCUAAGGAAGACAUUAUCCAAGCUUAUUAUCCAGGCUACUUUAUGCAAGCUGUGCAGGGUCAAAUCCAGACUAAACAGGUCACGGCUACACGUGAUGACAGCUACCAAGGCUACUCUGUUGCUGUCGGGGAAUUCAGUGGUGAUCAGGUGGAAGAUUUUGUAGCUGGUGUUCCAAAAGGACUCAUGCUUUAUGGCUUGGUGUCCAUUUUGAACGGUACAGAUAUGACGACCAUGUUUAAUUUCACUGGUGAGCAGAUGGGAUCAUAUUUUGGCUAUGCAUUGGCAACAACUGACAUCAACAGUGAUGGGAUGGUUGAUCUGCUGGUGGGAGCUCCUAUGUUCAUGGUCCGAGACUCUGAUGGUCGUCUGGAGGAGAUGGGCCGUGUCUAUGUUUAUCUACAGCUCGGCCCCUUAAACCUGGAGCUCCGCCAGCCUCACCUGACGGGCACUGAGGUGUUUGGUAGAUUUGGCAGCACAAUUGCACCACUUGGAGACUUGAACCAGGAUGGUUUCAAUGACGUGGCUAUAAGCUGUCCGUUUGGAGGGGACGACCGGCAGGGACUGGUCUACAUCUAUAAUGGAUACUCAGAAGGUCUCAGGGAAAAGCCGUCUCAGGUGAUCAUGGGUCAGUGGGCUGCAGGUGCUAUUCCUGCCAGCUUUGGGUUUGCCCUCAGAGGUGCUAUGGAUCUGGACAUGAACGGAUACCCAGAUCUCAUUGUUGGAGCAUUUGGUGUCAAUAAGGCUGUUCUCUAUAGAUCCCGUCCAAUCGUCAACACCAGUGCCUCUCUGACAGUUUACCCCACCAUGAUCAACCCUGAAGAGAAGAACUGUAUAGUCACCAAUGGAAACUCCAGCAUUCAUGUUUCCUGUGUCAACCUGAGUUUCUGCAUAUCUGCUGAAGGGAAGCACCUACCAAGCAACCUUGAUUUCCAGGUGGAGGUACAGCUCGACAGUCAAAAGCACAAGCAGAAGGGUGCAGUGAAGAGGGCUCUGUUUUUGGAUUCCCAACAACCUUUGCUCCGGAGGAGUGUGAAGGUUCGCCAUGGCGAGCGUUUGUGCGACCACAAAAAGAUCUACCUAAGAGACGAGAAAGACUUCAGAGACAAACUCUCCCCUAUUUUUGUGGCCUUUAACUUCAGCUUGGAUCCAAAAGCUGCUGCUGACUCCCACGGCUUGCGGCCCAUCCUCAACUAUCAGACCGCCAACGUGAUUGAGCAGAAGACUCAGAUUCUGUUGGACUGUGGAGAGGACAACAUCUGUGUACCUGACUUGAAGCUGGAAGUGAAAGGUGACAGGAGGGAAGUCUAUCUUGGUGAUGACAACUCGCUGACCUUGACUUUUAACGCCAGGAAUGAGGGUGAGGGAGGAGCGUACGAGGCAGAGCUGUAUGUGUUACUGCCCCCUGAAGCAGACUACAGCGGUAUUGCCCGAAAUAAUGAGAGCUUAACUCAGCUGACCUGCAGUUAUGAGACGGAGAACCAGACCCGGUACCUCAGCUGUGAUUUGGGCAACCCGAUGAAGGCUGGUACCAAUCUUUGGGCAGGUCUGCGCUUCACAGUGCCAAGACUGAAGGACACACACCAAACUGUCCAGUUUGAGGUGCAGAUUCGCAGUAAAAAUGAGAACAAUUCCCACAGCGAAGUUGUGCCGUACAAGCUGGAGGUGGUUGUUCAGGCCGAUGUCAUCCUGCAGGGUGUGUCCCGACCAGAUAAGGUCUUCUUUCCACCAGCCAACUGGAAAGUGCCCAAAAACUAUGGGGUGGAGCAGGACGUUGGGCCUGCAGUGAAACAUAUUUAUGAGCUUGUGAACAACGGCCCCAGUCGGAUCAGCCACACCGUACUGAAGCUGCACUGCCCUCUCCGUGUCCAUCCUCACACUAUCCUUUACCCUCUGGAAUUCUCUACGGAGGGCCCCAUCAACUGCACCUCAGACCAAAAAAUGAACCACCUUAAUCUCAAACUCCAGCGCACAUCCACUGAAUCUCCUAUUCUGGCACUGAAGGCCCAUGAGCAUCAUGUUGAGAGGAGAGAUGUCCACAAGAACCAACUGGCUCAUCUGACAAACCUGUCUUGCUCUAAUGUGGAGUGCUGGACGCUCCAGUGCAAUGUGGGUCUGCUGGAGAAGGGAACUACCGCUAUCCUCGAGGUGCGCUCCCGCAUCUGGGCCGAGACCUUCACUGAGAGAGCUUAUAAGCAGUAUGUGCUGGAGUGUCUGGCUACAUACAAUGUGAAGAAGAUGCCAUAUGCGAUACCACCCAAAGUUUUACCCAGUGGACACAAAAAGGUGGUGACCCCAUUGGUCUGGAACAAGCCAGACAUCCAGAACUCAGUUCCGCUGUGGAUCAUCAUCCUGGCUAUUCUGGCUGGUUUACUGCUCCUGGCGCUCCUUAUCUAUGUCCUCUACAGGCUCGGCUUCUUCAAGCGAUCUUUACCUUACGGCACCGCCAUGGAGAAAGCGCAACUCAAACCGCAGGCUGCCUCUGAGGCCUAACUGGCCAGCAGAGCUUCCAGAACCAAAAUAUCUGGCCAUAUGAUUGCAAUGAUUAAACAAGAUGGAUCAUGUUGUGGAUCAAAAAAAGAGGGGAAGAAUUGCGUGGAAGAGAGACUACUGGAACUCCACUGUGCUGCACUAGAGGAAGAAGAAAAAGAAAAAGAAAAAAAAAAACACAAAAAAACACAAAAACAAAACAAAUAUCUCCAAGCCAAAUGAAUGUGUUUUGUUUGUAAAUUCUUUAAUUUAUGUUUUUUCUAUCAGGUUGGGAUUGUUGUCAAAUAGAACUUAUCUCAGUGCCUAAAGGCUAAUAUUGGACUGUACAAUAGAAGUGACUGCAUUGCAGCUACCUUCAGCUUUGUGCAUGCAGCACCAUGUUUGGUUUACUUUUGUGGACUCUUGUGAUGAAUAAUACCCAUUUAGCUGCCUUAUAUUGGUGCUAGUGAUCGGAUGUGUUUGCUGCCUCUGACAGGAUUUGGCCACUCAUUGCUUGUGGCCUCCGGGAGCUGUGUACUGAUGAGGCCUAAAAAGUCUGUCAUCUCCUGAACAUAGAAGAUUGGCUAAUGGUUUUCAGGUGGAACUUUAGCUGGCUAACAGCAGCAUUGCAUUGCAGAUAUGAAUAAUUGUCAAAUCUUUUUUUAAUAACACAGCUUUGUUUCUCACAAGAUUUUAAACCUCAAGGUGUUUCCCUGAUUCUGACCCAUUGUAUGCUGGGAUGUGCUCAGCCACCCCGCAGCCCCGAGCAGGAAAAGCGGGUAUUGAAAAUGCAAAGAUGGAUGUUUUUUAGUUGAUGAUGAAAUGGUCACUUUCUGCCUCAGGUUGGUGGACAGUGUUUUUGCACUCAAAGGAAAUCUACUGAUAUUACUCCAAAGAUACCAAAGACUAACUGACUGACCUUCCUUUGAGUUCUGAAUUUGACUCCUACUGAUCACUUUGUUCAAGUCCUGUAUGUUUGUGCUCAGAGUUACCACUGCUGGCAUCGUCAGUGUAGCUGUCUGUCUAUAGUCGACUGGGAUGGGACUGGAACCACCACAGACCUGUGAAACCUCAUAUUAGGCCUGAAGCAGCGUGGUGCUUCUGUCUCCUCGAGAAAACGUUGCUGUCUUUACUCCUGCUUGUUUGGGGUUGAGCUCAUUCAGGACAAAGACCACAUGCAAGCAAGUGAUGCUUUAGGGGAAGCCACAGAGUUAACGAGCAUGGCAUAACGACGUCUUUAACGGAGACAUGACAAUCAGCAGUGAUGUAGCCUUUAUGGAAGGUUGAAGACCGAUGGAUUUGAUUUUCAGCUUACGGCUGUGUGAUGUUGACUGAAAUACUGUAUUAUUAAUUUUCUUGUGAGUAAAAUGAAUGAGAAGUGGCUGACGUCACCCAACAACCAAAAGGUUACAGGGACUGAACAUUUAAAUGCUUUGUGUUGAUUUCCUUUGUCAUGUACAUAGGUUUAAUGUGCCUUAAAUGUAAAUACAUGUCUGUGGGUCAGAUGUAAGGGUUGCAUGUGUGUGCAUGUAUGCAUGUGUGACUACAUGCGUACAUGAACUUGUGUGAAUGCUAUAUUUAAGGAAGUUUCUUUUGUACAUGUGUGUGGUUAUUGUCUUUCCCAUUGCCUAGUCCUUUGUAGCUUGAGAUAACUGAGGUCAAACAGUUCUUCAUUACUAUUGAACAUGAUAGCAUAAAUACCUCAAACAAAGGGAUAACCACUAGGCACUGGGAGCUACACGUUGUUUGGAAGUGCAAUAUUUAUAUUCACUCUUUUUAAUAUAACAAUGCUUGCUUUUGUUUUCUGUUUAUUCGUGAUUAAGUCGUGAUGAAUCAGAAGUUUGUGUGUCAAAGAUGUGAUGAGCAUGAAGAUGAAAUUCUUAGUGGGUUUUGGGGUUUUUACGUUAUCUCUCAUUCUCACUACCUGCAGAGUGAAACUUUUUUUGUUUUCCACUUUUUUUCCCCACUUCAGUUGUACUCACCUUUUCACUGGAUGUCUCUGAACUACCUUCAUUAUUGCAUCGGGUUUUAUAGCACAGGCUGACACAGAAACACAGCCACCAGAGCAUGUCUGAGUUGAGCUUGGAGAUGCUUACAUAGUUUAAUAAUUUAUGUGCUCUGCUGCCACAGCUGUCCAAACACAAGCCUUACAUUAAACAUAUGUAAUACUAUUUUCCCCCUUUUUCAUUCAGUCUUCACUCUUUUAAUACAUCCCCUUUGACUGUAGAGUGAUUUACCUUCACAUGGUCUACAAAAUCCCCAUUUGGUUAUAAACUUAUACCUUGUAUCACACACACACACACACACACACACACUCUUUAUAUAUAUGAAAAUUCCUUACUGGUGAUGGUAAAUCAUUAUUUAUAAUGACAAGCUCAUUUUACUACUUCCUUCAUGGUCACACCAGGAGAAGGCACUGUUUUCUUUGUGUUUUGAUAUGUCUUAGCCCACUUUCACUCUCCAGGACUUUUAAAAAGAUGAUGUACAUAUUUAUGAGAAGGAGAGAAUUUUGAUUUUAACUGAUAACUGAUUUGUUGUGAAAUUUCUCACCCCAUAUUGGGGAGACCUUUUGUAGUGGGUGAAAAGUGGCUCUUUAAAUGCCAGUUUUUUUUUUUUUUUACCUGUUACGGUUUCUACCUUAAAUAAAAUAUUUCCAUUUUUACA